GCUAGGCUAAGCCCGCCCCGCAUCCCAUAACCCCCCGCGACAGGAAGUGGGAACCGCGGUUUCCGGAAGCUCCCCCGCCACUCGGGGCGGUUGGGUUGUUAGGUUACCGGCUACUUGGCGGCUUAGCUGGUGAUGGCUACGGCUGUCGCUAUGGAGACAGAUGAUGCUGGAAAUCGACUUCGGUUUCAGUUGGAGUUGGAAUUUGUGCAGUGCUUAGCCAACCCAAAUUACCUUAAUUUUCUUGCUCAAAGAGGUUACUUCAAAGACAGAGCUUUUGUUAACUAUCUUAAGUACUUGCUUUACUGGAAAGAACCAGAAUAUGCCAAGUAUCUAAAGUACCCGCAGUGUUUACAUAUGUUAGAACUGCUCCAGUAUGAACAUUUUCGCAAGGAGCUGGUGAAUGCUCAGUGUGCAAAAUUCAUUGAUGAGCAGCAAAUUCUGCACUGGCAACAUUAUUCCCGGAAGCGGAUGCGCCUUCAGCAAGCCCUGGCAGAGCAGCAACAGCAAAAUAACACAUCAGGAAAAUGAAAAGCCGGACUCAAACCAGGCUCUUGAGACAUGUAUAUAUUGUUUUUGUACAAGUGAAGACAAAAAAGGACUCUUCAUACUUGCCUUUAUUGUGGAAGCACCUAGAAACUCUAUUGAACUUUUUAUUGUUAAUAGAUUAUUUCUUUUAAAACAGAA